UUACGUAAACACAAUUUUUAAAUUAUCGCUAGCAAGAAAGGCCAUUGAACCAUUUUUGGAUCUUCCUGUUUAUUUAUCCAUCAGAGAAGGAAAUUAAACUAAAUCUUUGGCUCUUUUAUAUUGUCUUACAGUGAUUACACGGAUAUAUCAUCUGUAAAUUUUCACAGCAAGUUGUUAAUUGACCUCGUUUACGCUAAAUCAGGUAAAAAUUUCAGCAUAGCCCACAGUUUUUGAUUGUUUAUGGAAAUUGUAAAGGGAUAAUUUCAUUUUAUAAUCUCGCCCUUUUUUGAACACAAAUGUGUUAUCAAAAAAUGUAAAUAUUAGCCUACAAUUAAGAGUCAUUCUGUUCCCAAACUACCGAAAGACUCACUUCAUAUUUUUUCAAGUUUUUAUUUAUCGUGAAGAGCUCAAUCAGUAUCAAACUGAAAAUAAGUUGUAAUCAAUCAAGUUAAGAAAUUAAGCCUUUGAUUUUUCAAUCGACUCAUAUUCGAAAGUGUGAAAACGAUUUAGAAUGGCGAGUCCAAUCAAAUUUGUAACAUUUACAAUUUUAAUAUUUAAUUUAUUCUUCAUCACAAGUUUUGGUCAACUUUUCACUCGGAGUCAAAAUGUAUUCAACAACCUGCUAUCGCCAAUAAUUCCUAGAUCUGAAUGUUAUACUUCAGCUGAUAAUAGAGUUGGCUUAUGUAUGCCAAAAGCAGCCUGUGCUUCAACUGGAGGAAUAAUUGCGGGUAAUUGCGGUAUUCUUAUGGCCUGUUGCAUUUACCAAGGAACUUGUCGAUCAGUGAUUAGUGCCAAUGAAAGUUAUUUCGUAUCACCGCAAUAUCCAACUUUACAAACUGAGCGUCUUAAUCCACCGAUGUGCAUAUUUACUCUCCACCGAAAUAAUUUGAUUCAAAAAUAUCCUAUCUGUCAAAUUAGACUGGAUUUUGAUGAAUUUUCUUUAGCUCCACCUCGAAACGGAUCUUGCGGAUUCCAGACAGAUUCAUUUGUUAUCUCAGGAGCUUCCAAUUUCAAUUCAACUGGACUUCCAGCGAGUGGUCUUUGUGGUGAUUUAACGGGGCAGCAUCUUUACAUUGAUGUUGACCCUGAUGAUGUGAAUGAGCCUCUAUUGCUUGUUGUUAAUACAGCCAAUGAGGAAAUGUAUAAUCGUAAAUGGAGCAUAAGAAUUCAGCAGAUUCCUUGUCAAUCUCCGUUCAGAGCACCUUCAGGAUGUCUUCAAUAUUUCACAGCAACUUCAGGGACAGUUGAAUCACUUAAUUAUCGUGGCAUGCCGCGUUCAAGACAACUUAAUCAACAGGGAUCCGUUAAUUUGCCCAUUAAUCCAUUGAUUUUGCCUACACAGAGUCCAAACUAUUUUCACAAUAUGAACUAUGGCAUUUGUAUCGCUCAAUCUCCCCGAAUGUGUGGAAUCCGUUGGACUUCAGCUGAUUUUGAUUUUGGUGGCUUCCGUAAAUUACAGUCAGGAGUUGGUUAUCAAAAUCCAGCAGCUGUUGGAUCUGGAUGCACAAUAAGUCGGACUCGCUCAGAUGGUGGUGAUUAUAUUGUAAUCCCUUCCGGGUCAAACGAUGGGCUAACAAUAACUCAAGAUCGUUUUUGUGGCCAAAGAUUAUCAUCAGUUGACGGUUCAACCGUUUCAACACCAAUCACAAGUUACAGCAAACCAUUUGUUAUGUAUGUCCACAGCGAUGAUACAGAUGAUAUUUCCUUCUCUGGCCCUACUAAUCAAAAAGGCUUCGCGUUGAAAUACGAGCAAAUUAACUGCUCUUGAUUGUACACUUUACUGCGCGAUUAUGCUUUAAAAUAAAAUGAUAAUAUUUUUGAAAA